CUUUCAGUCGCUAGAGAGCGCUUUUCGUGGUUACUACGCGCCUUUGCGCAACUCCGCGAGCCGCAGAUCACACACGUAUCGUCGGUGUUCGGCAUCACGUAACUGCGCAAUCGUGCCCGCACGUCCUUCUAGCCCCGGUGGGCCAUGCGCGUGCCUUGACAGUCGCGUGUUUGGCGGGAAACGGCGCGAAGCGUGUAUUUUCGUGGUUAUUUACGCGGUGUCAAAGGCGACUCGGUGAUUUCCCCCACCGCGGAUCAGCAUAUUGCUGCGGGCCGUGUGCAAUAGCGUUUUUCUAUGGAAUUUUCUCGCACCGAGACAACGGACUGCGUUAUCACGGCUAGAAUGUGCGCGUCAGUGCAUUGUCGUGCGCGAGUGUGAGACAGUAAGCGAGAGAAAGAGGGGAAGAGGAAAGUGAGAGAAAUCAGCUCGCGUCACAGACGAUCGGGACGGUGGACCACGAAAUUUGCGCGGGACACGUAACACGCUCUCUCGCCGUCGCUCGGAUCUCACGCGCAAGUGCGGCCGCGCGACGUUGCCGGAUCGUCAUUCCUUCAGGCUACGCCGAGGGAAUCGUCGUGUCGCGAGGAGAGUUAAGCUGAGAGGAGUAUCAAUAAGUGUGACUGCGUGCGUGUAUUUUUUCGCGUCUUCGCGGGAGGAGUCGUCUCCGCGGUGGCCUUGACGGAUAACGCGUUGCGGUGCAGCGGAAUCGCGCGCGCGAGGGGGAGUUUGUUUUCGCCGCCGCUAUCUCUGUCUGGCACAUAGUAACCGUGCCCGCUGUGUUGCCAAGCGCGGCUGCUGUUCGUUGUGCAUGCGUCGCUCUAUGAUCCCCGCUUUCCACGGCGAAAACGGACCCCAGUAUUAUCGUCAUCGUCGUUAUCCACCUUGACGAACGUCAUCCUUGACGUGCGUCGCGCGACGUCGACGAGUCUGCGAGUUCGAGGACGAAGCAGAGCCUUGCUCAACGCUAAGCAGCAACGCGGCCAUUAUUCGAAAUUCGGUGGGUCGCGCCACGGAUUACAGUGUUGCCACAUUCUGUCCGCGGUACGUAGCCGCGAUUAUUUCAACGUCUCGCGACGACGACGGCAGCGGGGACGCGAUUCCUGGAAAGAGUCAUCGCCAUCCCCGCGUCACGGCCAAUACUAAAAGAGACGAUCUUUUAUCACGUACAACGUAUUGCGACGUCUCGAUAGUACGGUGAAAGAGAGACAGAGUGUCAGACGUGAGAAGGUGGAAGCAAGGGACAGAGAAAAUAAGGAUAAGAAGAGACAGUGUGUGCGUGCGUGCGUGUGUGUGUUUUUAUCUCUUCCACCGGACCUUUCUAUUAUUUGUUUCCGCAAUCUGGCGUGAGAAAAACAGCGGGUGUGCGUUUGCCGUUGUGGAGUGCGGCGCCGACGGAGCGCGACAAAAUAUGAGCGCACGAGUGCUGAACCCGGUGAUGAUGACGGAAAUAAGCAGGAACCUAGGCGGCAGCGGCGGUGGCGGUGGCGGACGAGCGGUGCCGAGCAGGGCCGCGCUUGCCCGCGUGCGGCGCGAUCUUUUCGGACCGGUGGACCACGCGGCGGCUCGUGCGCUCGCCGAGCGCGAAUUGCGUGCUCAAUCGGUGCUCGACGCCGAGCGAUGGGGCUUCGACUUUCGCCUAGAGGUGCCGAAGGCGAAUUCGCGCUACGAAUGGGAGCUGAUGACGGAGCACGAUAUCGUCCCGGAACCCUACGCCCUGCGUGGCAUGCCCUAUCUGAGAAAACACGCGCCUGGUACGCCGCGGAAAUUGCGCGCCGAUGAUGAGUCGACUGCCGCCACGACGACGAUAGCGACGUCGCUGACGACGUCGAUGAUUUCCACGACGACGACAACGACAAUGACCACGAGAAUCAACGAGCAAAUGGAGACCAGUGACGCCGCGCCGACGGCCGAAAGAACGCCGCCGCAGGAGCCCAGAGUGCCCGAAAUCGGUGACACCACGACGCCCAAUCGGCUCCUGGAUGCGAACGUCAAGAGAAAGAGAUGCGUCAUAGAGUCGACUACCCCUGUACUACCCCAUGCCGCGAGAAAACAACCCGUGAUCACCGACUAUAUGAAGAGUCGUAAGCGCGGUCUGAACGGCACCACAAAGAGCAUGAUAGAGCCGCCGGAGAAGAUCACCCGCAACGCGGGUCAGAUACGCAGCUAAGAACCUUCGGUUUCCUCGUUCAAGCCUCGCCGUCUUCUUCCACCUCAUGGAACCUUUCCGUACGUGAGACAAUACCGGAAGCGGGAAUCUGCAUCACCAGGAGGGAACAGCGGAGAAAGGAGGGUAGGAGGGACCCUGGCAAGAGGCGCGCGAGGUCCGCGUUGGCUGUGCCAUUCACGUAGUUUUAUCUGCCACGAGCGCAGGCGAAACAGAUCGAGACAAGUUAAUAAAAAAAAAGAAAAAAAGAAAAAAAAAAGAGAGAAAGAAAGUAGGGUUAUUCUUCAUCACGUAAAUCUUCGUGUAAUACCGCUUUGUAAUGUCGCGAGGAUUACGAGAGCAAUAGCAACAAUAAGGAAAAGCGUGAGAUAAGACAUAAAUAGAGAGAUAAAAGGAAAUUGAGUGACACUCGAUAGUGAAAGAAGAGAGAAAGAAAGAAUAACUCUCGUCGCUAUUUUUUUUAUUACAUAAAACAUCUCACAUCUUUCUUUUGUAUUAAGAUAGGCUAAGCAAUGCUAAGAAAAAUAAAAUUAGAUUGUAGAUAAUGAUUUGUGUCCAAAUUAAUUAAUGUAAUAUAUUCUUCGUUUAUUUUCGAGAAAAAAAAACAUUCAUAGAAAAAAAGGCCGAUUCAGACAUAUCCGUGCCGUGCCCGCGCCGUCAGUGACGCUUGUUCACACAUGUCCGUAUGCUAGCCGCAUCGUAGCCGUGAUAUUAGCUAUUUUGUUUUGUCUCCGUAAUGAAUUCGUCAGUAGGCCUUGAGCCAGAGAGAAGAGAUGAAUUGCAAAUUUGAAGAACUUGCAGUAAUUGCAUUGCUUUUAGAUGAAGAUGCACAAACUUGUGGAAAGCGAAAGUGGGUGCACGAUAUCUGUCGUACGCGGAAAAAAAAGGUGAACUUGCCACUUUAUAUAGAGAGUUGAUAUAUUUCCAACCGUACAGUCAUUUAUCUCGGAAACAUGUUCAGAGUCUGAGCGUUCUGCGCAACACAUAAACAUCCUCGAUUGUGUGCGUGGAAAGCCGAGAAUUGGUAACGCUGGUUCAGACAUGACAGCGAAGUAUCGUACCGUGCUGUCCGUAUCCGUGAAAAUAUCGUCGCCGAUCACGGCGAGCGGAUUGCUGGAUUCACACUGCAUCCGGCGUGCGUCGUACGACGCUCUACCGCAACUAAUCAGAAAGCAGGAUUUUUGCUUCGUUUCAUCGGACCGCAUUGUCAUCGUCCGACGUCGGACGAAAUGUUGGUCAUGACUCAACAUUUGUCGUGACGAUAACGCAUCGCAUAAAGGGCAAUCUGGACAAAAUUGGGAAAAGAUGGUAUAUCUUAUUCAUCUUGAUGUAUUAUAAAGUUCAUUUGUCACUGAUAUAUAAAUUAUAAAUCAUAUAAAUUGAUGUAAAUCGUGUAAAAUCAGGAAGUUUUCUUUACGAUUGGAUUUGAUUCUACUGAAUUCAACGUAUGCAGUGUGAACAGCAUUUCGCACGGUUUCGUACCGUCGGAUGCAGUGUGAAUCCAGCAUAUGGACACAGAUACGAUCACGGAUGGAUGUAAACAUUUCCAUUCAAAUUGUAUUGUCUAAUGUUUUUGUUCGUGCAUGGAACGCUCACGGUACGGAUACGGCACGGAUAUGUCUGAAAGUCUUAAGGUCCAUUUAUACAUAUCCGUACACUGAAAAAAGGAUUUAGUAGUAGAUACUAGGAUUUAAUAACAAUUACUAAAUGAUUUGGGUAAAUAGUGCUAAGUAAAUAUUUGGUAACAAUUACAAAAAGAAUUAAUUGAGUGAAUAAAAUAUUUAUUUCAGAGAAUCUAAAUUUAAUUCACUCAAUUACAAAUUUGGUUUCUCCAACAAAACUUUGAUAACUGUGAUCAAAUUUCGAUAGUAAAAAAAUAAAAUAUUUGGUAAUUAUCCCCAAAUCGUGGUAAUAAUUGUAACCCUGAGUGGAUCAAUAAACACAACGAUAAGGACGGACCGGUACUGAUACGGUCACGGAUGGAUGUAAACAUCUCCAUUCAAAUUGUAUUGUUUAAUGUUUUUAUCCGUGCACGGAACGCUCACGAUACGGAUACGGCACGGAUAUGUCUGAAUCGGCCCUUAAACGAUGUCGUUACACAAAAUACUGUAUGGGAAAGAGAGAGAGGAUUUACGAAAUACACGCAAGUUCUAGGCUAUUCAUAGGGAUUAGUUGAAUAGAUUCUAAGAGAGAGAGAGAGAUAUACGUCAGAGUACAUCGCUCCUAUUGGUUGAAUUUAAUCGAACGGGACGCUUGAGCUGGUCCAUGGAAUUUUGGAACUUGCGGCUGCUGCUUUCCCCGAAUACUCAGCGAUGAAUUUUCCUUGCUAAGUAAUCGUGGAAAUUUUAACACUUCAUUAAAAGCAGAUAUUGCGCCAGUUUCGACGUCGCAUCCUUGAAACGCGCUCGAUAUUAAAGCCAAUUAAAACAUUUCAUAAAUUUAUGUCCUGGAUAAAUUGGAUGUGAUUUCGCAAAAAUAUGAGGAGGAAAAGUGCAACAGAGCGGUUGUGAUUCCGUGGCCAGAAUGCGACCAGCUUUAAGGAAGAAGAGAAACGUAUAAUUUAGCUAUAGUUCGUUACCCAAGUUUAAGCAUUGAUCUCCUGUACGAUUUUAAGGAAGUACAGCCGAUGCCAAAUCACUCCGCGAUUAUUUCUUCUCUACCUAUUUAAAAAAAAAAAGAAAAAAAAAGAUCCUUCAUCUCCUUUCUCCCUUCCCCUUUUAUCCAUAUCGCGUUUGUUUCCGGCAGAUAAUAUGAGAGACACAUGAUCGGUUAUAAAAUCACAGCUUUUAUGGGAAAGACAUACUUUAGUUUAUUCUUUUAUAUUCUCAAUUUUUUUACGUUACGAAUUAAAAUAAUUAUAUGAGAAUACAGUAAUCUUCGCACGAAGAACUUGCAUUGUGGCUCUACGCUCCUUCUGAUUUUUAUUUGAUUUUGUUAAUCAUCUGAGCAUUUCACAUUAUUUUAAAAUAGUUUUUUGUUUUUUUUUUUGUUUAGAGAGAUGUUUAACGCGUCUUUCAGUUAGAAAUUGAAUUGCUUGGUUUCGCCGCGAGGUUCUCUUUGAAACUUAUUUGGAUAACGCUUUUCAGUCAUGCUAUAAUUUUUCGCGUAUGAAUCAGUUUAGACAGAUAUAACGAUUUACACAAAAAUUGACAUGCAUUUAAUAUUAUCGAACAUUACGUUUAAUUAAAUAUAAAGCUAGUUGAACGAUUUUUAGAGAUUUAACUUUUCAAAAUUUUUUAAAAUGAUAACUUCUGAUUUUUCUGUUAACUUCUAAUAUAUCUGACAACAAUAUUGAAUUAAUCAGAAUAGCAUUAAUCUUUUGUUAAUUCCAUUACAAUAUGAUAAUGUUGAGUCGUUUGAAAAGUUUGUAGCGAUUUUCACAAUAAAUGGCAGACAAGUACGUUACUGUACGUUAAACUAUUAAAACCGAAUGACAUUGUGUGUCCAAAGGUUGUCGAAAACAGCAGUGCAUAUAUUACUGAAUAAAGAUGGAUCCAAAUACAUAAAAAUUGUUUUUGAUUUUUUUGUCAUAUAUUACAAAUUGUGCAUACUACUUCAAGAAAAUAUUUGUUUUUUAUAAUGGUAUAAAAAUUAAAAAAGAACCGAUAUCACUAAAAUCACUUUAACCGCUUAAGGGGGGAGUCUCGUGUAACCGGUUCAAAAAAUUAAUAAAAUUUUUUUUGCUUUAAUCGAUAGUAGUCCAUGUAGAAAAUAUAUUCCCAAAGUUACAGAACAAUAGCUUGCAAACCCUUUCUUUACUAAUAACAAAUAAUUAUGAAGAACAAUCUUUUUUGACAAAUUUCAUCGAAACUGAGUAAAUUAAGCGUUUCAUAAGGAUUUUAUCGUAAUUUGAAGGGAGUGUUUACUUCGUUCAUCAACGAAUUUAUAAAGUGUAAUAUUAGCAUACUAAUUAGAUAUUCAUAAUUGAUUCUUAUAAUGGUAGCUGUUUAUCAUACAUAACUUUCUGUUCAUUAAUAUCCCAUUGAAGCGGUCCUCGUAAAACACCCUUCCACGUAUUGCUCCUCCUGAUAUUUUUCCGCUCGCCAUAUUUCCCUUUUGAGAUUAUAACCCAAAAAUACGACUGGUGGUUACAAGCUAUUUUUUCAAAGUCCGCACAUCGAGUAUGAGGGAGAAAAGCGUCGAAAAAUGCAAGCCAUAAAUCAAAUUUAAAGAUACGCAUUGAUCGCAAUGUUUAUUUCCCUCCGCACAAAACAAAAUAUUCAAAAUUUUAUGAAAUUUAUAUAAUAGUCGAAUCAGUUAAAUUAUUGAUAAUGUUUGUGACAAUUCUGGCACCUCGUUAUUUCGACGUUAAUGCAGCAGUCAUUAAAAUAAAACAAGUGGAUUUAAUUUGGCAAUGAUAUUUUGUUUACCGAUAUUUUUUACUGAAUAAAAGUUUUGUUAAAUAAUUAUUUUUUAUCUAAUUGCACAUUAAAAUUAAAUAAACCUGAAAAAUCACGGAAAUUAAAUAAAACGAUCUUUAAAGGUAUGUCUUCACCAAAGUUCGCGAACAGUUUACGAACAGAUCGCAAACUGUUCUCUUUUUUAUGUGGACGUCUGUUCGCGAGCAGCUCGCAAGCUGUUCGUUGACAGUUCAUCAGAUAAUUUUUUUUUAUCACUCCUGAAAAAAAGAAGUUUCUUGUUUAUCACAAGACCUAUAUUGACUCUGGAUUUCCUAAUUCCUCGAAUUAUUAUUUUUUAUUUGGUUUGUUGCUGUUUGCGAGCAGUUCGCAAAAAUCAACGAACCAAACACAUCGGUGUGGACGUAUUUGUGGCGAUUAGUGAAUUAGCAAUAAUAAUAUUAGGAAUGAACCACGGCGAACAUUCGACGAACUGGUUCUCCAAAAACGUGAACAUUGGUGUGGACAGCACGUUCAAUUUUUUCAGGUGCUCGCGAACUGUUCGCAAACUGUUUCCCGGUGAAGACGCACUUUUAUAUUUCACGACAUCAUUGCCAAAUUAAACAAAAAAAAAAAAAAAAAAAAA